AUGUCAAUGCUCAAACGAAGAGGUACGCAUCAUAUUAAAUCUUUGGCUGAAGAGUUCACACGACACUUUCGUGAUUUUGCAGCUAUUGAGAAGGAUAUCGCUCUCUUUUCCUCACCUUUCUCCGUGGACACAGAUAAUGUUCCAGACCAUUUACAGCUGGAGCUCGUUGAGCUGCAGUGUGACGCCGAGAGCCGCAGUCGGCACCAGCAACUUUCUCUCGCCAACUUUUACCGACAGCUGGAUAAAGAUGAAAAUGAAUGCUUGACUCAGCCUGGUGUUUGUGAGAAUGGCCGUUGUGUGAACACUGUUGGCAGCUACACUUGUGAAUGUGGUGUUGGGUUCAAAACUGACUCUUCAGCCACACAAUGUCUUGAUUACAGGAAAGGCUUCUGUUUCACUGAAGUUCUGCACACCAUGUGUCAGAUGUCGUCCAGCAGUCGUGUUUCUGUCAGCAGGUCUCAGUGCUGCUGUAAUGGAGGACAUGGGUGGGGGGAUCAGUGUGAGCUCUGCCCUCUGCCUGCCACGGCCAACUACAAAAAACUCUGUCCAUAUGGCCAUGGAUACGCCAUAGACGGAACAGAUAUAGAUGAGUGUAAACUAAUUCCUGGUGUUUGUGCCAAUGGCGCAUGUAUCAACAUCAUGGGCUCUUACAGAUGCCACUGCAAACCAGGAUACAUUGCAUCUGCUCCAGGAACCGCAUGUGUUGAUGUCGAUGAAUGUGGUAUGUCCCCAAAACCCUGUAACUUCAUAUGUAAGAACACAGAGGGCAGCUAUGCAUGUUCCUGUCCCCGUGGUUACACUCUACAGGAUGACAAAAGGUCAUGCAAAGAUGUGGAUGAAUGUCAGAGCAGACGACACAACUGCCAGUUCUUGUGCAUGAACACCAUCGGUGGAUUCACAUGCAAGUGUCCAGCAGGUUUCAGCCAACAUCACACAGCUUGCAAAGAUAUUGAUGAAUGUUUGUCAGAGUUAAGACCGUGUGGCCUGCGAGGAGCAUGUCAGAAUUCAGUGGGAAGCUUCAGCUGUGAGUGUCCACAGGGCUUCAGUCUGGACUCUCUCGGCCACAACUGUGAUGAUGUAGAUGAGUGUGCGCGUGAUCACAGGUGUCAGUUCGGUUGUCAGAAUGUUGCUGGAGGUUUUCGCUGCAGCUGUCCACAGGGUUACACACAACACCAGCAGUGGAACCAGUGCGUGGAUGACAAUGAGUGCUUGAACCCAGACAACUGUGGUUCAGCUUCCUGUUUCAACACUUUGGGCAGUUUUAAGUGUGGCUGCCCAUCUGGCUUCACCUUUGAUCCUGCAUCUACUAGCUGUGAGGAUGUAGACGAGUGUGGGUCCUUCAUGAGCCCCUGCAGAUACGGCUGUUCAAACACACAGGGUGGAUUUGCGUGCGGAUGCCCGGCAGGAUAUUACAGAGCAGGACAGGGGCACUGUAUAUCAGCUGCUGGCUUUGGAGGUGGCGCUGCUUUACCUGAAAAUGAAAACGAUAUUCCUCCUGAAAACUGCUACGGCUGCAAAACCAAUGGACAUCAAAAGAAAAGUAUCAGGAGAAGACACACUUCAAACAUCACACUGGAAGCAGUCAGUCUGGCCAGUGUGGAUGUGGAUCAGCCGCUGGAAUUAUUUCUCAAUCGUUCAAUACUCAGACCCUCAGAAGCCAUCCUGAAACUGCUGCCAGCCAUCAGGCCACUGGGCCAGCACAUACUCUACACAAUCACAGCUGGAAACUAUGCUGGAUUCUUCCAGAUAAGACAGAGGGCAGGUGUCACUUACCUGCACACUACACACAGGACAUCCGUAAAGAGACAUUACACACUGCAGAUAAAAGGUUCUGCUCUCUCUCAUGACAUCAGCAGAGAUGAUCAACCUCCUCCAAACUUACUGAUGACACUGCACAUUACACUGCAGUAGAAACUACUCAACACCGCAACCUCUGAACCUGUCUGCUUUACAAGCAAGGGUCCCCAUUUAUAAUCAGUGGCUUUAAUUACUAUGUACUUACAGUUAAAUGAAUUGUUUGAUACAAUCGACUUAUGUACAUACAUACAGUUCAAGUCUGAAUUAAUAGCCCCCUGUGUAUAUAUAUAUAUAUAUAUAUAUAUUUUUUUUUUUUCCCCAAUUUCUGUUUAACAGAAAGAUUUUUUUCAACACAUUUCUAAACAUACUAGUUUUAAAUACAAUACUAGUUUUAUAUAACUGAUUUCUUUUAUAUUUGCCAUGAUGACAUAUAUUAUUUUACUGGAUAUUUUUUUAAUAUACUAGUAUAUUCAUCUUAAAGUGCAACUUAAAUGCUUAACUAGAUUAACUAGGCAGUUUAAAGUAAUUAGGCAAAUCAUUGUAUAACAGUGCUUUGUUCUGUAGACAAUCGAAAAAAAAAACAUUGCUUAAGGGGGAUGUUAAUAUUGACCUUAAAAUGGUUUUAAAAACAUUAAAACUGCUUUUAUUCUAGCCGAAAUAAAGCAAAUAAGACUUUCUCCAGAAGACAAGAAUAUUAUAGGAAAUACUGUGAAGAAUUCCUUGCUCUGUUAAACAUCAUUUGGGAAAUAUUUGAAAAAGAAAGAAAAGUUUUUUUUUAUAAACCUUAAAUUAUAAACCAUACAUGUUUGUUUUAAUUCAAUUCAAUUCACCUUUAUUUGUAUAGCGUUUUACAAUGUAGAUUGUGUCAAAGCAGCUUCACAUAAAAGGUCAUAGUAAAUUGGAACAGUGUAGUUCAGUUUUUUUUACAUUGUACUUAAACUUAAAAGUGAUUUGCAUGUAAUUUCAUUCAUAAUUACACUGUUGACCCAUCCCAUACACCUUCCUUAAAGCUACCCAUACCCCCAAACCUGUGCUUAUCCUUACCUGUAUGCAAUAUUGAGUGUAAUUAAUAAUCAAAUAACUAGCUACUGUAAUUUAAUUACUAUUUCCCUGAAAAAAAUAAAGGGAUUACAUUUUAUAUUUAGGUAUUUUAAUUAGUUACUUAUCUAAAAUACUGCGUAUAGAGUCGAGUUCUGUAUAAAUCUAUCCUGGGGUGCGUUUCCGAAAACCAUCGUUAGCCAAAUAAGGUUGCAAGUUGCCUUGUUACAAACGUAGUUCGUUGAUUUGGCGAUUUCCAAAUCCGUUGUUCCAACGAACAUUCGCAAACUGUGUCGCAAACUUCUAUGCUUGCAACUACACCGCUAGAGCUGUAGUUAGAAGCAUAGUUCCUGGCUGUGUUCUGUUCCCAGUUAUCCCCCCUUAUGCCCUAUUCGUUUAGAACAUUCCAACAUUUAAACUUGGAAUGAUUUUUUUUAAGUGUAAGUCAUCUCUCUUAGGUGUAAUUUGCUUUCAAAGCAUUUUUAAAGUUCAGUUUAAGCGAUCUUCAUGUUUACGAUUGCUCUGCCUUCGCAGUGCACUUUGAAAAAAUGUAUAUAUGUAUAUCCUACUUAUAAUAAUAACAAUAAUAAAAAUAAUAA